AUGUUGAAACGAUCCCUACUCGCGGAUAUAAAUAAAGUUUUUGAUCCAUUAGGAUUCAUUUCACCGGUGUUGGCCAAGGGAAAAAUAUUCGUACAACAGUUGAGUCUUUUAAAACUGGGUUGGGACACACGUUUACCGAAAGAACUGCAGAACAAUAGCUUUUAUGGUGAGCUAAGUGCACUGGAAGCAUUAAGGAUUCCACGCAGAUUGAUGUAUUCACAUGAGCACAUAGAGCUGCAUAGGUUUAGUCAUGUAUCUCAAGAAGCAUACGGUACCUGUGUAUAUGUAAAAACCACAGAUGAUCACGGACAAGUUACUGUGUUGUUGUAUAUGCCUAAGUCACGAGUGGCACCAACUAAGCAAACAACCAUUGCGAGACUAGAGUUGCGUGGCGCUGUAUUGCUGAUGGAAAUAAUUGUGGACGUAGUUGAUGAACUAAAACGAAUGGACAUUCAAGUCAAUCAAUCGAGUGUAAUGUUGCGUACAGAUUCUACUAUAGUCCUAGCUUGGAUGAGAACCAUUAAAGUCUUAUGUUGCGAACAGAGUCACUCGAUUCUUGACCAUUCUGUUCAGUCUCGAUGGAAACACGUUCCAACCAACCAAAACUCAGCAGACAUAAUCUCCAGAUGA